GGUCUUAUCUAUGAUGGGAAAAAUAAAUAAAUUAGUGCAACUACAUAUUAACUAACCGGUAGCAAGAUCCAAAUGCUAAAGAGCGAAGCUUAUUGAAUCUCUUUGGCAAAGAUUCCAAUAAUGGAUGUGUCGAUUUCUCUCUCUACAACGCGUCCUCCGUUUUCUCUCUCCCGCCAACUUUUCCUCCGCCCGCGACUGCUGCGUUUCUCCCCAAAUUUCGGAGUCUUCCUCCGCAAGCCGCCGUCGAUUUCCCGCCAAAACAAACUCGCCGUCACAGCUCUUCAGCUUUCGAAUCAGACUCAGAAUGACGAUUUUGUCCUCGAAGACGUUCCGCAUCUCACCAACUUCCUUCCCGAUUUGCCGUCAUAUCCAAACCCAUUACAAAAGAGCCAAGCUUAUUCAAUUGUCAAGAGAAAUUUUGUGAGCCCAGAUGAUGUGGUUGCACAAAAUGUUGUUAUUCAAAAGGAAAAUCCUAGAGGAGUUCAUUUUCGGCGGGCAGGACCUAGAGAAAAGGUUUUUUUCAAGCCAGAAGAAGUACGUGCUUGCGUGGUGACUUGUGGUGGAUUAUGCCCAGGAAUUAAUACAGUGAUUAGGGAAAUUGUAUGCGGCUUGAACAACAUGUAUGGUGUUCAAGACAUACUUGGGAUUGAGGGAGGAUAUAAAGGGUUUUAUUCAAAAAAUACCAAGAUAUUGAAUCCUAAAGUGGUUAAUGAUAUCCAUAAACGUGGUGGCACCUUUCUUUGCACAUCUCGUGGAGGACAUGAUACACACAAGAUAGUAGAUAACAUUGAGGACCGGGGAAUAAAUCAGGUAUACAUUAUUGGAGGUGAUGGUACUCAAAGAGGAGCUGCACUCAUUUAUGAGGAAGUUAAAAAGCGUGGUCUUCAAGUCGCUGUGGCUGGGAUUCCAAAGACAAUUGAUAAUGAUAUUGCUGUGAUAGACAAAUCUUUUGGAUUUGAUACUGCUGUGGAAGAAGCCCAGAGAGCCAUUAACGCUGCACAUGUGGAGGUUGAGAGUGUCGAAAAUGGAGUUGGAAUUGUCAAGCUGAUGGGCAGAUACAGUGGUUUCAUUGCAAUGUAUGCAACAUUGGCAAGUCGAGAUGUGGAUUGCUGCUUGAUUCCAGAGUCUCCCUUUUAUUUGGAAGGGAGAGGUGGGCUUUUUGAGUUUAUUGAACAGAGGCUAAAAGAAAAUGGACAUUUAGUUAUUGUGGUAGCAGAAGGAACUGGUCAGGAAUAUGUUGCUGCAGAAGUGCAUGCAGCAGAUAAAAAGGAUGCAUCAGGGAACAAGCUACUUCUUGAUGUUGGUCCAUGGUUAUCUGAUAAGAUCAAGGAUCAUUUCACAAUGUCUCGAAAGAUGCCAGUGAAUAUGAAAUAUAUAGAUCCAACAUACAUGAUUCGAGCUAUUCCAAGUAAUGCCUCGGACAACAUUUACUGCACUCUUCUUGCUCAUGGUGCUGUUCAUGGAGCUAUGGCUGGAUAUACUGGCUUCACAGUUGGGCCUGUGAACAGUAAACAAGCUUAUAUUCCAAUUGCUCGUGUGACGGAGAGACAAAACACAGUGAAGCUGACGGAUAGGAUGUGGGCUAGACUUCUUGCAUCGACGAAUCAACCAAGUUUUAUUGGCUCUGAUCAAGAAAGAGUUGACAAAGAGAUACUGAAGAUAUAAUAAAUAAUAAUAAUAUGAAUAUGAUUUCUAUCUAGGUUUAAUGGAUAUCCAUUGAUUAGUCAGAUGAUGCAUUAACAUUUAAUUUAUUUAGCAUAUGGGAGCUGAUACCUGUUCAUUUUUUUGUAUUUUAUUAAUUAUGCACACCUUAUGCACCUAGAAUAUGUUUACAAAUUUUGAAAUACAAAAAUUGGUUAACUGUUUUUAGAAUAGCCUAGAAUGUGUUUGCAUUUGAAGGGCAAACAUAACAAGAUUUUAUUAUGUUGUUUUUUCGUUUACAUUUUUAAUUGGAUGGUGCAUUAACAUA